AUGUUCAACUUUUCUAUUUUUAUACUAAUAAUAUUGUUCUUCAAGAAUCCAAAUGCAAUAACUGUUUCUGAAAAACUCAAGAAUGUAUUGCUUGAAGGAUAUGACACAUCAAUUCGACCAGUUAUGAAUGAAAAAGAUGUUUUGACACUAAAUAUAUCAAUGAAUUCACUAACAGUUCUCACUUUGGAUCCAGAUCAAGAAACUGUUGUGUUUUCUUCUGAAUUCAUUCUACAAUGGCAAGAUCAAUUUCUAUUUUGGAAUAUGUCAGAAUAUAAUGUGACAUGGAUUAAAUUGAAAGCUGAUUUUGUUUGGACUCCCGACACCGUAGUUUCAACAAGUAUUGAAAAUACACCAUUGAUCGAAGCAUCUGAUCGGUAUAUCAAUUUGAGAUAUGACGGAACAGUUCGACAAUCUUAUUACGGUGUUUUCACAAAUCUAUGCGAUAUGAAUGUUGAUAAAUUUCCAUACGACAAACAAAACUGCAAAAUUGCUAUAGGACCAUGGUCAUAUAUUAUUCAAGAGGUACAAUGUGUCACUGGACCAGAAAUUGGGCCAGAUCAAAACUACUUUCUAGUAAGUUUACAUUAAGAAAACAUAAUGAACUGCAUACAUAUAAAUAUGAUGUUAAGGGCAACAGUGAGUGGGAUUUCUUGCGAAUCAACACAUCUAUCGCUCAAUCUUUUGAUAAAGAUGUCAACUUUACAUAUUCUGAAGUUCACUUCCAACUUCAUGUAAAGCGUCGUCCUCAAUUUUAUAUUUGGGUUCUUCUGAUUCCCACAUAUAUUAUUACUGUAAUUUGUUUAUUUGGUUUGUUUACACCAACUUUCAAUCAAGGAAUGAGAGAGGAACGAGUUAAUCUUGGAAUAACUACAUUGUUGUCAUCCGCUGUUAUUUUACAAAUUGUUGCUUCUUCGAUGCCAAAAACUUCCGAACUUCCGUUGCUUGGUAUGUUCUAUUCAUUCCAAGACUCUAACUCUUCUCUUGUAAGCUAGAAUGUUUGGAAUUCAAAAAAACAUGUGAAAUUUGAGACUUCUGUGAAACUUUCAUUGGUCAGAGAAACAAUAGUAGUGACCUCUCACUUUUCAAAAUCUCAAGACUAAAAAUCAGACAUCUUCAAAGUUCCCGCCUGAAAUCUCGUGGGAUUCUGACUGCUAAUUCGAGUCACGCCUUGAUUUAUACGGUAACCUUCAAACUACAAUUUCAGGCAACUUCAUCCUUGCUGAAAUUUUCGUCGUCGCCAUCGGCGUACUUUUCUCCGUCAUUGUCCUUUCUCUUCAUCACCGUGCUCACACUCGAGAAUGGAAACCACCAAAUUGGAUUUUAGCGAUUCUCAGAUUUACUGUCAGUGUUUUCCUUUUUGAUGUUUAUAGAACAGCAUACUUUCAGGGUUCCCGAAAGUUUUUGACAAAACAUAUUUCUCGAAUCAGUCACAAAACAACUUAUGAUCGUGCAAGAUUUACAGGAGAAAAGUGAGUUGCAGAAACUAUCGGAAAAAAUAAGACGAGACAUUUUCCAGCGCUCAUUUGGUUCAAAACUUGGAUGAUGCUCUAACUUCGGUUCGAGAUUUCAUCAAAGAAGAGGAUCGAGAUUUGUUCCGCGAAUUAACUUGGAUUAAGUUUUUCGACCGACUCGAUUUUUUACUCUUAAUUAUUUUCCAAGUUGGUAAUGCUCUUGUUACAAUGUUCCUUGUAAUAAACUAA